AUGAAGUCAUCCAUGCUUCUCGCCGUUUCCGGCGCUCUGCUUGCCAUGGCUUCUCCUCUCGCACUUGAAAAGCGCGCGUACGAGACCAAGUUCGUUACUGAAUGGACGACGGUUUACGUCACCGAUGGAGUGCCUGCGGCGACCAUGUUCGCUCCUGGAGCACACAUCCAUCCCACCCCUCCGGUAGAGGAGACUCCCACUCCCACCCCGACCCCGGAACCAACUGUGGCACCUGAGCCAACUGUUGCGCCUCCACCUCCCCCCCCGCCUCCGCCUCCGCCUGCUCCGGUUGUUAUCGAGUCUCAACCGCCGCCUGUUGUCCAUGCACCAGCUACCAAGGCCAAGGCGCCGAAAACCACCAAGCAGGUUCAGGCACAGGCCGCGGAAAAUACGCAGGCACCGGCCGCGAGCCCCCCUACCGACUAUGCCAGCACUGGUGUUUACCAGCACAAUAUCCACCGAGCCAACCACUCUGCCCCGGCCUUGUCCUGGAGUGACGCUCAUGCCAGCUACGCUGCUCAGACUGCUAGCAAGUGCGUCUUUGCACAUGACCUUUCUCCUGGCGGUGGCGGCUACGGCCAGAACCUCGCCAUGUAUGGCUCGUCCGGUGAUGUUCAGAGCUUGGGGGCGAACAAAGUUUUGGCCCAGGGAAUCACCAACAUGUGGUACAAUGGGGAGCUGAACAAAUUCCCAUCCAGCGAGUAUGGCAAGAGCAGCCCCGACAUGGGCGACUUUUCAAGCUGGGGUCACUACUCCCAGGUGGUCUGGGCCGGCACUCAGCAGGUUGGCUGCCACUCCCAGCUCUGCCCCGCUGGCACCCUGUACGCCUCAAUGGAUGCUUGGUUCACCGUCUGCAACUACUACCCAGCCGGCAACAUGGGCGGUGCUUAUGCCAAGAACCUCCAUCCGCCGCUCGGUGAAGCCACUGUGAGGGCCUAA